AUGAGAAGCCUGUUACGUCAAUCUGCUGUUCGAACGUUCGCCGCCGCCGGAACUGAUUGCAGGCAGCAGAACAAGGCUCUCUCUGAACUUAUCCGGCGAGGUCGCCUCCGUGAAGCUCGCCAGGUCUUCGACUCCCUUCCCCACCGCAACGUCUUCAUAUGGAACUCUAUGAUCUCUGGAUACGUCCGUCAGCGCGAACUUGCACCUGCUCGCAGACUGUUUGACGAAAUGCCUCAAAGAGACCUCGUUUCAUGGAACUGCAUGAUAUCCGGCUACACAAGUUCAUAUGACCACAGCGAGCUUAAGGAGGCACGUCACCUGUUCGAUCAAAUGCCUGUACGAGAUGUCAUUUCUUGGAAUACAAUGAUUUGCGGGUACGCCAGGAAUGGAAAAAUGGUUGAAGCGAUGCAACUGUUUGGUGGAAUGCCUGAGAGAAAUGUUGUUUCUUGGAAUACAGUGAUUACCGGUUUACUUCGCGUGGGAGAUAUCAGGAGUGCAGUAGAGCUUUUCGAGAUAAUGCCCGUUCAGGACGCGGCUUCUCUGAACGCACUAGUUUCGGGGUUGAUUCAAAACAACUUAUUGGAAGAGGCGACGAAAAUCUUGCUUAGGAGCGCUAAAGCUUCAGACAUUGAGGGAGUUGUUGAUGCUUUUAAUACCUUGAUUGUAGGGUAUGGCAGAAUUGGGAGGUUAAAGGAAGCCCGGAGAGUGUUUGACUUGAUUCCAUACGAACAACAUCAAAACUUUCAGAUCAGAUUAAAGACCAAAAACUUUCAUAGGAAUGUUGUUUCAUGGAAUUCUAUGAUCAUGUGUUAUGUAAAAGCUGGUGAUCUUAUAUCUGCAAAAAAGCUAUUUGAUGAAAUGCCUGCAAGAGAUUUGGUUUCAUGGAACACCAUGAUCACUGGUUUUGUGCAGGCUCUAGAAAUGGAAAGGGCUGAAGCUCUUUUCCUCCAAUUGGUUGAACGCGAUUCCCGAUCAUGGAACACGAUAAUUUUUGGUUUCGCCCAAAAGGGUGAGGUGGAGAAAGCACGAAGCUUUUUCGACCAAUCACCACAUAAGGAGCUCAUCACUUGGAACACGAUGAUUUCUGGCUACGAACAAAAUGGAGAUUUCGAAGGGGCAAUUGGGCUUUUCUCCAAAAUGUUUUCUUCCGGUGAGAGAUUUGACAAACAUACCAUGUCCUCGUUGCUUAGUGCCUGUGCGGCACUUGCAUCUCUAAGACAAGGCACUCAAAUUCACCAACUCAUCAUUAAAACUCUUGUACCAGAUACCCCAAUUAACAAUUCUUUGAUCACCAUGUACUCAAGGUGUGGGUGUGUGAUUGAGGCAAUGUGCGUGUUUGAAAACAUGGAACAAAGAGAUGUCAUUUCAUGGAACUCAAUGAUAGGGGGGUUUGCACACCAUGGAUUUGCUAUGGAAGCGCUUCAUCUUUUUAAGGAAAUGAAGAAUGUGAAAAUUCGACCAACGCAGAUAACGUUUGUUGCCAUUCUGCAUGCCUGCGGGCAUGCGGGAUUGGUGGAAGAUGGGAAGAGGGAAUUUGAAUCAAUGAUUAAGGAGUUUAAGUUAGUUCCUAAUGUGGAGCAUUAUGCGGUCCUUGUGGACCUCAUCGGGCGGCAUGGGCAACUUGAUGAAGCUUUGGAGGUGAUUAAAGACAUGAUUUUUCCUCCUGACCGGGUAGUUUGGGGUGCUCUUCUUGGUGCUUGUAGGGUUCAUAACAAACCAGACUUGGCUGAUGUAGCAGCAAAGGCCUUAGCAGCAAUGGAGCCAACUGGAUGUGCUUCGUAUGUGCUGAGGUACAAUAUCCAUGCAGAUGAGGGGAGAUGGGAGGAAGCUUUACAAGUGAGGCAAUUAAUGGAUAGGAAAGGGGUUUUCAAGCAACCAGGAUAUAGUUGGAUUGAAUUGCAGAAUAAAGUUCAUGUUUUUAUUGCUGGAGAUUGCUCUCAUCCUUUAUCUGAGGAAAUAUACUCGCUAUUAGAGACCUGCAACAGGCUCAUCAUAGAUUCAAACUUGGAUUGA